ACAUUAGCUCGGGCUGUACAGCAAAAAUGUAUGAAUUACAGUCACUUAAUCAUAUCAUGCGAACAAAACUUGAGUCCACUCUCAUACGGAAAAGUUUUGCCAGCUCACAGCUUGGCAGCAGCUCGGUCGGUAAACGAGCAACAUAUGUCUUUGUUCAAUUAUCUCGGUGGCUGCAUCGGGAUUCUAGUGAAGUUUUGUCGGACAUCAAAUGAAUCACACUACGGUAGAACCAGCAUUGUUUUCCCAGCCCAACGGAUUGGAAUGUUUUGUACCGUAAUACCUGGCCAACCCAACCUUGCCAACCCACUAAACCGUUACACAGCCUUGACUGUCCAAUCCCUUGCUCCGUUUUUCUACUUUAUCCCGGACGCCACCACAUGCAAGUCAAAGGCACCGAAACGGACCUGACAACCUGAUAAGAUCAACUCAAACUUGACGUGGUACCGCAUACCCGGAAACGAAAAAAAUAAAAUAAAAAAUAAACAGCCUUGAAGGGUGGCACCUUGUGACCUCUAGCUGCUGUGCCUGCUAAACAAGUUUGAACCAAAGUCCAAAAACAAACUUGGAUCCACCCUUCUAGAAGGUUUAGUUAGAAGAGCUCACUGCGCCUGCAAUAAGCACUUUGAUGGAGUCAUAUGUGUGACACUUGAAGUUUUUACUGGCUCUGGUCCGAUGCAGAUAAACCAAAAUCAACCUGCGGCAGGCUGCUACUUCUUACAGAGUCGCCUCACCUCGGGUCCGGCGACAACUGGUACCAUUCCGAAAAUCGGAAAUCGGUGGCAUUUUGAAAGCGGCACAGGAAAGUCUGGGCAGACGUAAAUAUCGACGCAGGCGAAUCCUGUGGGAUAUACACAACUUGGAUUUACAAUUACCUUGGUCAACAAAUCACAAACAAAACCUAAUACUCCAAACGCAAUUACCAGCAGCAUCAGGACAAGUACACCAUUGAGAAUCAGAGUACCCAUCAACAUAUCCCAAGCCCCGUAAAAAGCAAAAAGCACAAAAAUGUCCAAAGAAGACACCGAAGCCGCACCACCCCCCUACUCCGAAACCGCCUUCCCAACCACAUCCACCAUCCCCUCCCGCUCGCCAGGCCGCACGAGACCACCUAGCCCCUCGUCCCCGCUGAGCUCGCACCUGGCGGCGCACCUGUCCAGCCUCUCGACGCGCCUCCGCCAGACCCAAUCCGCGCGCGCGACGCGCCAGGCCCUGCUGGACCUGGACCUGGUGGAGCGCAUCGUGCCGCACGUCGAGGCCUUCCUCGCCGACGUGGUCGACGCGCACUCGCGCCCCGCCGCCGCAGAGCUCACCAUCGUGCCCGCGCCGGCCGUCCCGUCCGCCUGGGCCCUCAGCGGCGCCGCCGAGCGCCGCCGCGAGGGCGAGCUCGUCCACCUCGUGCGCCUGGCCGUGCCGGGUGUGGGGGCAGUGGUGGACGACAAGGGGAGGCCGAGGGAGCUGCUGCCGCAAGGCAGGGACGGCAAAGGUGGCGGCAGCGCGGGCGAGGCGGCGUCUCCGUCGACGGGGUCGAGCCUCCGGCCGGAGCGGGACUGGACUGCAACGCAGUUUGACGAGUGGGGGCGGUGGGAUGAGGACGCCGAGGCGGCGGCGAUGGCGGCGGCGGGUGGGGGUUCCGGCGGGUCGUCGUCGUGGUGGUGGCGGGAUGAAGGCAUGGCGGAGCGGUUAGCGGCGCACCUGCAGCCGCGGCCGCCUGUCAGGACGGAACGGCGGGAGAUACAGGCCGCGGUUGUGCAGGCCAAGGAGGAAAAGAAGAGCGGCUGGGGUCUGUGGCGAAAGAAGUCGAGCUCGUCGACGGUGACGCCGGCCUCGCCGGUCGCUGCUGCGGUCUCUCCGGUAUCACCGGUUUUGGAGCAAGAUGACGGCGUCAGGAUGACUGUCAGGGCUGAUGAAGUUACCUUUAGGCGGGAGAAUGACUUUGGGGUGUGGGAGAGCAUGAGUGGCUGGGGUAUUGUGGUCACGAUUGCGGUCAGGUAGAAGCAAAAGGGUGCAAAUACAUACUUUAAUUGUAAAAUCACAUGCUGCAGUAAUUGCGUCACAAAUAGCAUUACAUAGCUUAAUCUCAUUAGCAGUACGCCUUCUA